GAGUUUAGUUGAUCUCAUAAUGAAUAAUUUAGUUUUGCUUUCGAUUUGCUGCGUGGCAGCUUGCUGCUCUGUGGAGGGAGCUUUUGAGGACUUUGUUGUGAGAUCAGACUCAAAAGAGUCUGUGCACAGCAAUGACUUGGCAUUUGGAUGCGAUGCAGAUAACGAGGAACACGAACUAAUUGCUUCAGAGGACAUGCUGGUCGAUGGCGUGGCUGACUCACAGUUGCUGCUUCGUCUACUAAUGCAACAUGCCCAACGACUGGGAGUGAGUGUGGAGCAAUUGGCUGAAAUGCACUCAAUGCAGGAGGGCGAACCCUUCGACUCGGAGAUGGGCUGCAGUGCAGCUGAACCUGCCAGCUAUGGCCAAGAGCCCAGCUGGUACGAUGUGUUCUUCAACUAAACGAAAAUAUGUAGUUAACUCUUAAGUAGUUUGCUUUCAAAUAAACUUCAUAUUAAUGCAAAUUAUAUGUUAUUGCAUAUUGUCCUUGGCACGCUCGCAAGCUAGAAUGCGAUUGCAAGUGCUGCUGUUGGUCCAAUUCUCCGUGGGGCAAUUGUUAAAGACGUAUUUGUAGGCGCAGACACCAUACAGCAUGGCCA